CAUACGCUGUAACGAAUAUAACUUACAUUUUUUUAAAAUUUUGCUGUAACAAUUAUCUCUAAAAGAAAAUACAAUUCAUCAACCUUCACAUUUAUUAUAUUUUACUAUUCCUAUUGUGCUUUUCAUCAAUUAAAUAAAAAGUAAUACGCGCCGUUAAAAUUUGUGAAAUCGCCACGUUACGGGCUUAUCGCAUCGUAAGAACUGUGAUUGUGCCGUUAAUGUUGCAUUAGUGUGUUGCAUACCAUAGUUUCGGUGCGUUAAUUUCUAUAUACGACACAAUGCAAUAGAUAGUAGUGCGUAGAACGCAUCCAGAGAAGUUGCACUUAUCCAGAAAAAACUGGCGAAAGUUAAGCUUUUGUACUAUUUCGAUAGUAUUUGAACAAUUACAAACACGUACUUUUAAAGGUUAGAUAGAAUUCGGAAAGAACGAACCACACAGAUCGCAAGGUUCAAUGCAGCUCUGAUAAAAUAGAUCAGGUUUACACGCAGGGAACUCAGAGGCGAACAUGGAUAAUAGUAAAGUGGAUGAAGAAAAUCAACGUAAUAUUAAUGAUGGGGACUGGAUUUGUCCCGAUUCUCAAUGUGCCAAUGUAAAUUUUGCAAGAAGAAACUCUUGUAAUCGAUGUGGAAAAGACAGAGGAGAGUGUCCUAAGAAAAAAAAAUUGGGACAAGAAAUUGGUAAAGCAGCUGCAGAGAAAAGUAGAGGAUUAUUCAGUGCUGAUGAUUGGCAGUGCAGUAAGUGUGGAAACGUAAACUGGGCCCGGCGACAGCAGUGUAACAUGUGUAAUGCACCGAAAUUCGGAGAGAUUGAAGAACGUACAGGAUAUGGAGGAGGAUAUAAUGAUCGAGGUGUCGUUGAAUAUAAAGAAAGAAGAGAUGAUGAUGACGAGUACGAUGAGUUCGGGCGUCGUAAAAAGAAACGGAAGAUUGAAAACCGCUCAGAUGAUGAUUCCAAAGAUUCUAGGUAUAGCAGCCCGCCACGUAACAACUCUAAGGACGAGGAUGAAAGAGAUGAAGUGGAGAAUGAAGAAGAUCAAAAUGAUGAAGACGAAGAGGAAGAGGAAGACGAUGAAGAAGAUGGUGAUUUAUCGAAAUACGAUCUUAGUGAAUGGGAUGACUUUGCAAUUAAAAAAAAUACAAAUGGGAGCACUGCAUCUUCAGAAGAACAACAAUCAAGAGAUAAAGAUGACUGGCGCGAUUCGGGGACAUCCAGUCAAUGAGAAGAUGUGCAGAAGGAAAGGUUUGACUUGGGUUUCGGGUAUAAAAUUGGUUGCGACAAUGAAUCGCGAUAUUAAUGGAUGAAAUUGCUAAACGGCACAUUUGUUUUAAACCUUUUAGAGAUAGCAUUAUCGUAUUCCUUAUUAGUUAGAUUCAUAAUGGCAUGGUUAAAAGGAAGAUAUAGAUUUAACAAGCCUGAUGGAGAUCAUAAUACAAUACUCGUUAAAUAAAUGAUUUUUUACAGGUGAGAGGAAAUCCCAUGAGCGAAAAAUUGCUCGACUACUAAGAGAUAUAACACAACGCAACAAAUUUAGUGAUUUAGUAAGCACCUUUGGAUAAAGUGAUGGACGAUAUACAACUUAUUGCAAAGGGAAUCGAUUAACAAAUAAGCUUUACAUUUCGUGACUGAACUCAUAACUUCGUUUGACUCUAUGGAUGGAGAAUGAAAUGUAGGUUACUUAUUUGCGCAAUAUUGUCCUAAAUAUUGCAUAGUAAUGUGGAAAUUCGUAAAAUGCUUGACGCAGGUAGAAUAUUUCGCUAGUAUAUGAAAACAAGAAAAAAAAACAGAAAAACAGAAUGACCUGUAAUUCUGAUAUAAUUUUAUGGAUGAUGUGUUACACGACUCGUUGUAAAAGCUCUGAAUUACGAACAUAGAUGAAAUCUUAUUUCUAACUCAAAAUAUAAAGUCUUCGAGAAAGCUCUCUAUCAUGUCACACUUCUAAAAAAAAUGUCUCUAUGUACGUUAUCACAAAAUUCAUGACAUUCUCAUAGUCACUUCACUUACUUCACUUUGAUUUGCUUAAAAUAUUGCUCAAGCUGCUUCGAAAAAAUUUUUCUUUUGUUUUACCUUUUAUAAUUUAUCUGUUUGCCUCGCUCUUUCUCUCACAUUUUCGCUCACUUUUUCUUUUCUCCUUUUUUCAUGCAUAACAUCUAAUGAUUAAAUAAACAUAAUGUAGUAUUAAAGAAUCAUUCCCUAAUGAAUAUAGAUAUGUAUUGAUAUCUUCAGAAUGAAGAAAAAAAAAGGACAUAUUUUCUUGUUUUGACUAUCACAGAUCCGAGUAAGUUGGAAGCAGCCCGUUUUUUUCAAUCGAAAAAAUAUGAUAUGAGGUAUGUCAUCAUGACACCUGGAAACCUCUAAAAACCUAUGUUCAGUUCUCGACGGGCAGAAAAGAAUACAUAUAGGGUAGGAGUGUGCGGAUAUUCGAAAUUACGGAUCUCGGAACCUCAGCUCGGGUCAAGAUCCCGAAAGUUUAUCAGCGCAAUAUAUAUUCGGAUAUCCGUUAUUUAAAACGUGGUUUACGAUUUGAGAUUCAACACUCGAUUUCGAAUAUAAUUUUUCACAUGUCAUAUUGUGCAAUAUAUUCCUUGGUUUAAAAUUCUUACAUAUGAUUACAACUGCAAAAUUAUAAGUUGAAAGUUUAAGUACAAUGUAAUAGAAAAAUUAUGUUCUGAAUUCAGCGUCGGAAUCCGAAUCGAAAAUCGGGUUCCGAAGUGACGGGUACCCAAUUAUGUUUAUGUGUCGACAAACUCGAGAUCCCGACACGGACACGAAAAAGAUUCCCGACCUGAUUCAAGGCUGCAAUUUUUAAUACCCGCACAACCCUAAUAAUGUUAUCAAAAAGUCUUUGUGACGCCUAUUUUCUCGAAUAGCCACGAAACUCAUUAUCGAUCAAUUCUGAUACUGACUUCUUGUAAAUAUCUUUAUUUUUCAUUUAUAAUAAAAAUCAUUCAUCAACAACA